GUGACUGGAGAACUCUGUGCCUGCUUCCUGAGGACUGCCCCACCAUGCAGUGGCUGAUGAGGUUCCGGGUCCUGUGGGGCAUCCACAAAUCCUGCCAUGGCUUCCUCCCUGCCCCUCGGUACCUGCGCUGCCAGCCUUUAUCAGGAGCUGAAGCCCCGAGAUGGAAUGACCACGAUACAACUGAGGAAUUUAACUUUGCAAGUGAUAUACUGGAUUACUGGACUCAAAUGGAGAAGGAGGGCAAGAGAGGUCCAAACCCAGCCCUGUGGUGGGUGAAUAACCAAGGAGAUGAAGUGAAGUGGAGUUUCAGAGAGAUGACAGACUUAACCCGCCGUGCAGCCAACGUCUUCACACAGACUUGUGGCCUGCAGCAGGGAGACCAUCUAGCCUUGAUUCUGCCUCGAGUGCCUGAGUGGUGGCUGGUGACUGUGGGCUGCAUCCGAACAGGGAUUGUCUUCAUGCCAGGGACCACCCUACUGAAGGCCAAGGACAUUCUCUACCGACUACAAGUGUCUAAAGCCAAGGGCAUCGUAACCACUGAUACCCUUGCCCCAGAGGUGGACUCUAUGGCUUCUGAGUGUCCCACCCUGAAAAUCAAGUUGCUGGUGUCUGACCACAGCCGUAAAGGGUGGCUGGACUUCCGAUCACUGAUUGAAUCAGCAUCCCCAGAUCACACCUGUAUUAAGUCAAAGACAAUGGACCCAAUGGCCAUCUUCUUCACCAGUGGGACCACGGGCUUGCCCAAGAUGGCAAAACACAGUCAUGGACUUGCCUUACGAUCCUGCUUCCCUGCAUGCAGGAAAUUACUGCAGGUGAAGGCGUCUGAUGUCUUCUGGUGCCUAUCGGACCCAGGCUGGAUUCUGGCUCUUGUGGGGUCCCUGAUUGAACCAUGGACAGCAGGGUCUACAGUCUUUGUCCAUCAUCUGCCCCAGUUUGACCCCAACGUCAUUGUCCAGACACUCUUCAAAUACCCCAUCACCCAGUGCCUUGCUGCACCAUCUGUUUUUCGAAUGAUUCUGCAGCAGAAUUUAACCAGUCUCAGGUUCCCCACCCUGGAGCACAGCUGUGCUGGCGGGGAGGCCCUGCUGCCCGAAGAGCAAGAGCAGUGGAGAAGACAGACAGGGGUUCUGCUCUACCAGGUCUACGGACAGUCAGAGACGGGAAUAACUUGCGGCAACCUCCGGGGAAUGAAGAUCAAGCCGGGUUCCAUGGGGAAGGCCAUCCCACCCUUCGACAUCCAGAUCAUUGAUGACAAGGGCAGUGUCCUACCGCCCAACACUGAAGGAAACAUUGGCAUCAGGAUCAAGCCCACCAGGCCCAUAGGCCUCUUCAUGUACUACCAGGAUGACCCGGUGAAGACAGCCGAAGUGGAGUGUGGGGACUUUUACAACACUGGGGACAGAGCAACCAUGGAUGCAGAGGGCCACAUCUGGUUCCUGGGGAGGGGCGAUGAUGUCAUCAAUGCCUCUGGGUAUCGCAUCGGGCCGACAGAGGUGGAGAAUGCCCUGGCCGAGCAUCCAGCAGUGGCUGAGUCAGCUGUGGUGAGCAGCCCGGACCCGAUUCGAGGGGAGGUGGUGAAGGCCUUUAUUGUCCUGGCCCCACAGUUCCUGUCCUGGGACAGGGACCAGCUCACCAAGGAGCUGCAGCAGCACGUGAAGUCAGUGACGGCCCCGUACAAGUACCCGAGGAAGGUGGAGUUUGUCCCAGAGCUGCCCAAAACCGUCACUGGCAAGAUUAAAAGGAGUGAACUUCGGAAAAAGGAGUUUGGUCAGAUGUGAUCGUCAAUAAACUCAGAAACCACUGUGUGACUUUGGGCUAAUCCCUGGCCACCACAGUUUCCCCAUAUGGCGAGGGUGAGGAUGGGGGUGU